GCUCAUCAAGAAGAUGAUGAUGAACACCUACACAGUGGAAGACUCGUCCUCCGCAGAGUGCUCCUCUACGGACGAGGACGACACGAUGCAUGAGAUCAGCAGCAUUGAGGACGAGGUGUGGGACUCUCCACCGACCCCCAGUUUGGCCAGGAACAUCGACGAAGAGGAAAGAAGAGGACAGCUGGCCCCAGAUUGGUUCUCCUCGGUCCAUCUGGGAGAGGGGAGAGCAACAAAGAUCGGGGACAUCAUCCGGUGCGUAGAGUAUGCCAGCGAGGUGGAGGAGAGGUUCCCCAAACUCCUGGUGGGCCUGGUCAACAAGAUCCUCACCGGCCUGCAGAACACCACCGAGGGAGUCGGGAAUCGAGACAGCCAAGACCUGCCUCCUCAGGAGACCGCGCAGAUUGUCCGGACCCUGCUGGAGAGGGUGGCACAGGUGACCCCGGAGAAGACCUGCUGGGAAUCCCUGUGCUCUCCGCAGAGCUGCCUCCAGGGUGUGGCCCUCUUGGUGAGGGCUCUCCUCCAGACACGGUCCUCCACAGUGGCCAGGCUGAAGGCAUACCUGGCUUCCCUCUUCAGCCUGGACAAAGAUCCAGAAGAGCAUUCCCUCACAGAGGUGGCCUUCUUUGUGGAGCUGCUCCUGAAAGACCAAGACUUUGCUGCCUUAGAGAAGACCUGGACGCUCCUGGUAGCGUGGCUAGUCCACCCCAGCCAGAACAUCCGCUACCUGAGCAAAAGGGGACUUCUCCAAAUUUAUGGCACCCUGAAGGCGGCCAAGAAACCCCAGGAUUUUAGUGCCGGGAUCCUGGGAGGGCUCAGGACCUCCAGUCUGAAAGCCACUUUGGGGGUCCUGGCCUUCAUGGAGCAGCUGAGGCACUGUCCAUCAGAACACCAGGCCACGGUGAAUGCUGUCCUGGCUGCCCUGUGCCGCCCUCUCUUCCACCACGAGGAAGCUAAGAUCCGAAGGGCAGCCAUGAAGACCCAUCUGGAUCUCCUGCAGCACCACCACCACCAUCAUGAGGGUACAGAGGAGAACAUCACGACCCUCAUCGCGGUGCUGAUGCAUGUGGAGGAUGAGGACCUGGAGGUAGCACAGGCUGCGAAGGACAAUCUGAGCCUCCUGGCGGAAGCCCUCCUAUGGCACCUGGAGGGCAGGCUGCUGGCGCGGGACUCUUACAGCCUGCAGGAGCUGCUCCACAAGAUCGCCAAGCGUCUGAUUCGGCAGCUCGGCACAGAGGACGCCGUGGAGAUGGAGGCCACCAAGAUCCUGGGCUUCUUCCGCAGCGAGCAGCCUUCAGUGAGGAGAACGGCUGCCCUGCUGAUCGGUCACCUGGUCCACAAAAAGGGCAGCAUCCUCACUGAAGGGAACAUAGAGACCUUCCAUGCUGCGCUGGAGAGCUUGCUUGGCGACCAUGACCCCGAGGUCGGGAGAGUUGCCUGCAAGACAGAGAAGAUUGUGAAGAAGGCCUUUUCCCUCCACUCCCGGCACGGGCUGCGGGCUGCCGUUCGGCGCUUGUGGGCGGGCUGUAAGAAGAAGAGACACCCGCCAGAGUACGGUGAUCUCUCCACCUGACCGACUGGAACAACAGCCCCGUGCUCUCCCCUUGAAGAUCAGCAGCUGAAGGGAGGUUCAGGAAAGACCGUGCAGCGCAGGGGCCUCCCAGAAGACCUCCUCCAACCGCGUGGACACAAGAUCUGUCCACAAGAAGACAUCCAGCAGGGAAGUGCAGUUCUGUCUGAGGAGUGAGGGGGAAGCAGGCUCCACUCCCCUGGCCCAAGGAAGCCCCGCCUCUGGGGUGCAGAAGCUCCUCCCCUAGCUUCUGCUGGCAGGCUGUGGGAGGAGGCUACAGCACCACCCUGCCCCCAAGUGGCCCUUUGGAACCAUUCUUGGGCUUCCCUUGGGUCCGGGGAGGCUGUGUGGCCCCAGCAGGAGGGCAAGGUCACCGCCUCCCUCCAUUCCCACCAGCUGGCCAGGGAGCGCCCCCUCCUCCUUCCGCCUUUCUCCCCUUCCCCAGCGGCCUGGCUUCCCCUGGCAGGGGAAGCACCAUCCAGGCAUCCGCCCCCUCCCCUGCCGAGGGUGUGCUCCUCCCCCCCUCCACUCCCGCAGC